GCCUGCGCAGUGCGGCGGCGGGGCGGGCACGGCGGCCGGCGGCCGGCGGCGGGCACCAUGGCGGAGGAGGUGCGCCCCCUGAUGAAGGCCACGGUCCUGAUGCGGCAGCCCGGGCGGGUGCAGGAGAUCGUGGGCGCCCUCCGCAGGGGCGGGCGGGACCGCCUGCAGGUCAUUUCUGACUUUGACAGGACCCUGAGCAGAUUUGCCUAUAACGGGAAGCCCUGCCCUUCUUCCUACAAUAUUCUGGACGACAGCAAGAUCAUCAGCGAGGAGUGCCGGGAGAAGCUGAAGGCGCUCCUUCACCAAUAUUACCCAAUUGAGAUUGACCCACAGCGGACCGCCAAGGAGAAGGCGCCUCAUAUGGUGGAGUGGUGGACCAAAGCACACGAUCUCCUGUGUCAGCAGAAGAUUCAGAAGUCUCAGAUAGCCCAGGUGGUCAGAGAGUCCAACGCCAUGCUGAGGGAGGGAUACAAGACGUUCUUCAACACCCUCCACCAAAACAACAUCCCCCUCUUCAUCUUCUCCGCGGGCAUCGGCGACGUCCUGGAGGAAAUCGUCCGGCAGAGGAAAGUGUUCCACCCCAACAUCCACGUGGUGUCCAACUACAUGGAUUUCGACGAAGAUGGUUUCCUGCGGGGCUUCAAGGGCCAGCUCAUUCACACGUACAACAAGAACAGCUCCGUGUGCAGGAACUCCAGCUACUUCCAGCAGCUGCAGGGCAAGACCAACGUGCUGCUGCUGGGGGACACCAUGGGGGACCUCACCAUGGCCGACGGCGUUCAGGGCGUGGAGAACAUUCUCAAGAUCGGCUUCCUCAACGACAAGGUGGAGGAGCAGCGGGAGCGCUACAUGGCCUCCUACGACAUUGUGCUGGAGAAGGACGAGACGCUGGACGUGGUCAACGGGCUGCUGCAGCACAUCCUGCACCAGGGGGACGGGGUGGAGACGUGGGGCUCCUGAGAGGCGGGCGCAGGGUGAGAGCGGAGGGAGGGGAGCCUCCGGGGGCCGCUCCGAGGUGAGCCUGGUGUGUGCAGAGGGCAGCUCAGGUCAUCCCCUUGCUGCUGGGUCCGUACCCUCCCCUCCCCCUUCCCCUGGCACAUUCUUGUGAGCUCUCCAAGGCCUGAGGGAGGCCCUGGCAGGUGGGAGGAGCAGAAGCCACUCCAGAUGAGUCGGACCUGCAGGCUGUUUGCAUUCCGGGGGUCGUGUGGUCCAGGAUUCUGGUUUUCGGAAAUGUUUAACGUGGGAUGCUGUUCUUCAAACAAAUCAAAUGUGUAAAGUGGAU